AUGGAAUAUAUUACUCAGUCUAUUGCUCCAAUAGAUUUUUUAAUUCCAGAAGAUGUUAUUUCAAAUUCAUCUGAAAUACUUGUACUCACACAUGUUAAGUUUCAAUGGAAGAAAAUAAAUAAAAUAGCACUUCGGAUUUUUAUAUUACUAUUAAUAUUUUGUUUAAUUACAAUUAUCACGUUGAUAAUUUUAUUAAUAUACAAAAAAUAUGGUGCUAUACAAUCAUCAUCAAAUAAAACUAAUGAAAAAUAUAAACGAUAUGAUAUUUUAUGGUCAUUUGAUGAUAAUUGUAAUGAUAUAAAUAAUUCUUAUCCUGGUUUUCUGGUAAACAAUCCUUUUUAUACUAAUGGAUAUAUUGAUAAAGCAUUAUCUUUAAAUGGUAUUAAUCAAUAUGUUGAAACAUCAGCAUUUAUUAAUUUUUCGAAUCGUAGUUUUACUGUUGAAGUUUGGGUAUAUUGGAUUGAUUGUUACAAUUAUACAUUCAAUGGAAUUCUUGGUCAAUAUUCAUGUGAUGAAAGUUGUAUCAGCAAAAAUUUACAUUUGAUGAUACGAGAUAAAGUUGCUUAUAUGGGAUUCUAUGAGAAUGAUCUACGCGGACAUACAAUUAUUGAGAAUAGUACUUGGACUCAUUUAGCAUUUGUUUAUGAUUAUGAAAUACUUGGACAACAACAAGUCUAUGUUAAUGGUUUAUUUGACGGAAGACGAAUAACAAUACCGUAUAAAGGUGUGAAAGGUGAUAUUGUAAUUGGAACAGGAUAUGUAUCUGCUGGUGUAGAUACGGGCAGAUAUUUUACUGGACUCAUAGAUCAACUUUCAAUCACAUUAAGAGCAAAAACACCUGCAGAAAUAUUAGAAGAUGCUACACUUUGUGCAUAUUAUAGUUUUGAUUUAGGUUCUCUUGCAGAUUUAGGUCCUAAUGGUUUAAAUGGAUCAGCUAUGAAUAUUAAAAUUAUUAAAGGUCGAAUUAAUGAAGCUUUACAAUUUUCAUCAUCAAUAUCAUAUUUUCAAGCAACUGGUUUUGUUGCAUUAGGUACUUCAAAUAAAUCUUUUUCUAUUGUAUUUUGGAUAAAUCCACUUCAAAUCAAUAAAGGAACUAUAGUUUAUAUAUCAAGUUCUGAUGAUUCUUGGUGUUUACCUUUUAUUGGUUUUAAUACAAAUGGUGUAAUUUUUGUACAAAUUAAAUCAGAUAAGAAUACGAUUAUUACAACUUUAGGAUCUAAAUUACAAACAAAUAAUUGGACACUUGUUGUAACAACUUAUAGUAAAUUUAAUGGACAACGAAUUUAUAUCAAUGGUUUAAUGUAUUCAUCUAGUGCUAGAAAUAUUUCAUAUAGUGCUAGUGAACAAUCUAAUUCUAUCACUAUUGGUACUUCUUUAGCUCUUAAUUCGAAAUGUAAUCAAGGUGAAAUUCAAUCAGAACAAUUUAAUGGUUCUAUUGAUGAAUUGAGAAUUUACAAUCGUGAACUUACAGAACCGGAAAUAAUUACUUUAGUUAACACAUAA